CCAGCCUCCUUGUCGGAGUUGUAGCGUGCCAGCGGACCUCUCCAUGACAAAACGAGGAGACAUGGUCAAGAUUUCAGGAGCGCCGGAAGCAGUAGUGCUUUUGGCCCGAGGCAAAGCGCCACUGAAUCCAAAGCUUCCACUAGCUCCUGAAAAGCCCGCGUUGCUGCUCGAGAGUCUCCGCGAGAAGGCUUCCAAGCGCAGUUGGGGCGGCCUCUCGCGCUCGAGGCUCCACGAUCAUAGAAAAUGGCUUCGGGACCACGGCCAGGCUCAUCUGUUGAAUGCCAUCAUGCCUCUACCCAAACCUGGUCCACCCAAACCAAGGGGAAAACUGCUGCUGGGUGAAGGAACGCCACAAACAAAAUCGAAGCACCGCCGAAUCCUCAGGUCUCUGGGCGUGGACAAUGAUUUGAUUUGGGAGGCCGUGCCAGGGAACAAGGGCAAAGCAAGGUCACUCGGCUGCCGCCGCGGAGAGCCUUGCAGUCUUGCGAAGACAACACUGAUCUUUGAGAAGCAGCGCGCAGCAGCGGUGGAGAAUAUAAGGCGAUAUGGUAUCGCGGCGAGGUGGAAGGGCCCUGCUGCCAAGCGAUUAGAAGAUGCUCUGGGUAGGAGCGCGCCCAGCCCCAUGCCCUCAGCUUCUGGCAGCGCGUCUGCAAGUCGUCCUAGUCACAUCGCAGAAACCGACCAACAUCUUGGUCACAAGGGAAACCAAUCUGAGGAGCAUGUCGGUUCAAGCCGUAAUACUGGCCCGCCGCCGAUCACAACUUCCAGCGCGCCGCCCUCAUCAAAAGGGUCGGGCGGCUCGCCGCGAGUUGCCGAAGGCGUGACUGCGAAGACUUUUGCGUCGAGUUCAUCGAAUAGUGACGCUACUCUGAGACGGCCAGAUCCCUCAGUAGCUCGGCACUUGAGUACACAACUCCCGACGCUGUCACAGAGCGCAUCUUCGUCCACUCACAACGGUCGUGCGUCACUGCGGUCCGGUGCUUCGAGCCCGCUAGAGCAGAGUCCGCUACAGGAAAAGCCUCCUGGUGCGGAUGACGAUCGGCAUGCUACCAACGGCCUGCAGAGCACCCGAGCCGCGCAAAGAGACCGUCUCGUGCAUCCAAGGGUUCCUGACAAGCACAGCCAGACCUCGACACUAGGGCACUUUGUCGACCCUGGUCACAGCUCCGCUCCUCCAAAAACCGUUCAUCCACUAGACAUGCUUCUUGAAGCGGCUCGCUUUGUGGAACGACGUCCUACACCCAGAUCUUCGUCAUCGAUCGCUGCCAGUGGCAAUCAGAAUGAGGGAACAAAGCGCCCCUCGUCGAUCAGCUCUCCUUCGCGCCGCGUGUCAGGUUGACGUCGCCGAAGAAUCUCGCCGAGCAUCACCCUGCUUAUUUUGUCCUUCUACGAAGUGCCGACCACAUUUCCAAUGAAUGGCAUGACUUGCGCGUUGC